ACUUUGCAGACACAGGUGUCUUUACACUACAAUCCUUCAGACACACUGACUGCACUCAGGUGAUCCCCUUUUACUAACUGUGAGACUAUACACACUAAUUAGCUAGACCACUGUUGAAUUAGGUCAGUCACUUUAAAGAGGAUGAAUAUUCAUGCAGACACCCCACUUUUGUUUGACAUUACUUUUUUAAAAUCUGUUUUUACUUUGACAUUAAAGAGUUUUGUUUUUUAACUUUUCCAAACAUGCACUUCUGUAGAACAGUAUGUACUGAACUUCAUCACAACAAUGUACUUUACAUCAAGUUAAAGUACAUUUAGGUGUAAUCAAAGGUGGGACAACAAGGUGCUGCAUCACCAGCAACAACAACUUCCAAUACAGUGCAAUCUCACCUGGACUUUAACCUCAUUCAGUCCUGAAAUGAUUUAAGUAAAGCAGAGAUAUGGGUUCAAAAAGCUCAUACACUCUGUCUACAUGGCGAUUUAUCUCACCUGACACAGAUAAGUGGAGGGUUGAUGUCAUUGUGAUGUGAAAUCGAGGCUGAAGUCCAGCUUACUAGGUAGGACAGGCUGUGAGUGAGGAUUUCAGUAAACUCUGAAUGUGAUCUGAGCACACAACAGCCUGUUUUCAGUCAUUGUGGAUUAAUACAACAGGAACGUGGGGAAGAUUUGGAUCUACUGAAGGAAACUGGUGGUACUGUCUCAUUCUGCUUGGUUUGAAAACUGAAGAAACUGAAGGAUGAAGUCUUUAAGAUGCUGGCUGCCACAAGUAACUGUGCUGCUGCUCUGUGUGACUAGAGUCUACAUGGAGCAUCUUCAAGCUGAGAACCUGAAUCUCAUUCCUCCAGAUCAGCAUAACUUGGUCCUGAACUCUGGGAUGAAAGUGCUUCCCAGAGACUGCUAUGAAAUGCUCAUGACUUCUUCAGGCAAGGCCAGAGACGGCGUGUACCUGAUCCAGCCAGGAGAUUCCCCCAUCGUGGCGUACUGUGCCAUGCAGGAGGGAGGCUGGACUGUGGUUCAGCACAUCACUGUUAACAGCAGCGAGAAUUUCGAUCGUACCUGGGCUGAGUACAAGCAUGGCUUUGGAGAUGUUACUGGUGAUCACUGGCUUGGAAACGAAUACCUCCAUCAGCUCACCCGUGGGCCUGGACGCUAUAAACUGGGAGUCAAACUGGUCGACCGAGACGCAAUCACAAAGAUGGGGGAAUACGACCCUGUGCUGGUGGAGGAUGAAUCAUCAGCUUACAGGCUGAGGCUCGGGUUGUUUCAGGGUACAGCUGUGGACGCACUGACCCUAGACACAGAGAACUAUCUGCAUGACAACCAGAGAUUCACCACCAAAGACAGAGACAACGACAACUACUUCCAAAACUGUGCCAAGCUGGAAUUUCAGGGAGUUCCAGGAGGAGGUUGGUGGUAUGACGCCUGUGCUGGUGCCAACCUCAACCGCAGGAAUGUCAUCUACUGGCAGAAAGACUGCAACAAGGAGCGGUUGUGCAAGUACGCAUGGAUGAUGGUGAGACCAUCAGACACGGUAAAACUGAUUCACAGUGCAGACUGCAAGAAGGAUGAGCUAUGAAGAACAUUUAAAGAUUUGUAAUGCUGUAUGACACUCUGGAUUUAAAGUUUUAUUUUAAGGUUUUUUUUCACAAAUGGAUGUUAAAUUUACCACAUUUUAUUCAGAAAUGCAUGGACAUGAUCACAAAAUAAUGAAAAGGACAACAAAGAAAUAAUCCACAAGCUCUGAACACGGUAUAAAAAUGCAGAAUGGUUUGAGCUCAAGCUUUGUUUCCAUCUGAACAUCAUAUUAAGCAAAGCAUCUUCAUUCCUCCAAUGACAAGUGCAGAUUUAUCUGGUUUAUCACAGUUACAAAAAUGUGCUUCAUGACACUGUAGCUUAUGACACGUGUUAAACAUCGCCAUCUCCAAUGCUUACAAGACAUUUCACAAACAGUGCUUUUUUUUGCCACAGUAAACAACAAGUUGUCCAGAAAUACAAUGAGAUUAUGCAAAAAAUGAUGAAGCUACAGUAAAUAAGAGAAACAUACUGUAAUUCAAUACUUAGAGAAACAGAAAAUCCUGAGGAUGAAGAAUAUUAAACAGAUUUUAAUCAGCCAGUGUGCCAUUCCCAUCGUAAACUCUGACACUGUUAAGCAAGUUUGUCUGAUGCAAAAUGACUAACAGGCCAUUUAGUUUGUAGAGGUUGCAGAAUAAAAUGGGCUCAAUUAGGGGUUAUUUAUUACUUUUAGUGAAGCAAUUUCUCUUUAUCUGCCAGGACAUCAAAUAUAAAAUGCAUAAUAUGAGGUGUGAAAAAAAAUCUACAUUACCUCCUUUAACAGAUGACAUUGGCACAUGUGAAAAGGCUUUGAUUAUCAUCGAGUUACAAUCUUGACUCAGCGAGCAGAUUCUGACAUCAGGACGACACGUAUUAGCCCUUCAAAAUAAAUUCAAAAAAGUGCAUUCUCCAAACAGACAUAAUAACUAGAAAAAAAACGUGUUUUUGAAUGUAAGAGCAACAACUUAAGCAACACUGUUUUUAAAUAUUUGAAACCCAAUAUACAAUGUAAAUAAUGAGUUUGAAACUAUUUGUCAUUGCCUUUGUAUAUCACGCUGAA